GCUUUGUGAAAUAUGUGAGGCAAAUGGUUGGAAGCAUGAACAAUCACCAAUAAUUUGGAGAGAAUUGGUUGAUCGAGGUGGAAAAGGUGUUUUAAUUGGUGGAUCGAAUGAAUUUGAAGAAUAUGCAUACGGCUACUAUGGCGUUACUAUUGAUUUGGACGGCAAAAGUAUGAAAGUCAUUGCUUAUGAAAAUCAAACCACUAAAAUCGAACUUGAUGAAGAAGAAAGAGAAAGGAUAAGAAACGAAAAAUUCAUUAAAGUGUGCAUAACAAAUGCUAGUAGCCCAGUUUGUUUCAGUUUGGUCGACAGUUUACUCUCAGGGAAAAUAUUUGGUGAAGAGAAAAUUUCAUUGUGUCUUCUGGACUGCGAUCCAGCACAGACAGCUGAAUUGCAAUACAUCGCUGAAAAUAUACAAAACAUGGCUUAUGGACUUCUGUAUUUGAAUGUCUUUGUUACAUCUGACUGUGAAAAAGCUUUUAAAGGAAGUAGAAUUAUUAUCUUUUUGGAUGAGGUAGAAAGGAAAGAAGAGGAAAAAGUACAUCGGUGGACGGAAAGAAACGCUGUUCUUUUUGGGUUUUAUGGGACAACUCUGUUGAAAGUUGCCAAAAGUGACACGUUGCUAUUAGUUGCAGGAAAUAAUUACAUGUGUUUAAAUAUGAGCAUAUUAAAUGAGAUUGUUUCUCACAUUUCAUCCAGAAAUAUUAUUGGUGUUUCAAAAGUAAUUGAAAACCAGGCCAAAUCUGUUUUAGCUGAAAAACUGCCAGCAAGCAGCUGCUCCAUUGAUAACGUUGUUAUAUUGGGAAGUAUCAGCAAUGAUUAUUUGAUAGAAUUGGACAAGACUUUAGUUAGAGAGUUUGAUUGUGCAGUUGUUGGUCCAGCUACAUUCUCUCAGCCAUUAAAUGAUAUUUUUCAUCAACAAAGCUGGCUCAAGAAGGAGUAUGUAAAUGAAGUCAGUUCAAGAAAACACGUCAAUGAAAUGAAUUUACGGCACCCUACCUACCAUCUCAUUGGUCAUGCCAUAACAACAACAUUAAAUUACUGGUGGAAUGGUUUAUCAUCAAAUGCCAUAUUCUCUGCGACUCUUAUAUCCGAUGGUAAGCAAAAUUCUUCCGUAUUUAAUCUUAAUUCAUUUCGGUUGCAGUCAGCGUUAAAUUCUUUAGAAGCGAAAGUUCCAGUUUAGUUCUUUAGAGAGCAU